UUCCCCCGGGUGGAGGGAGGGGAAGGGAAGGAAGGGAAAAGAAGGGCCGCCUCCCCGAGGUGCCGCUCCUCCCCACCGCGUCCGGCAGACGCCAGGUGCAGGCGGAGGCAGCGGGACCGAGGGACGGCGCGGGCAGUGGAGACCGGCAAGCUUACAUUACAUAGACUUUUCCAAAAUGAUUUCCUCAAAUGAAUAUGGGUCUCACUCCUGGGAGCUCUUGGUGACAGUUGAUCAUCAGCAUGAAGAGGUACAAAAGGAAUUUUUACUACGGGUCACAGGGGACCUUCAUAUUGGAGGAGUGAUGCUGAAAUUAGUAGAACAAAUCAAAAUACCACAAGAUUGGUCAGACUAUGCUCUUUGGUGGGAGCAAAAAAAAUGUUGGCUUCUGAAAACGCACUGGACGCUGGAUAAAUGCGGGGUGCAGGCAGAUGCUAAGCUGUUCUUCACUACUCAGCACAAAAUGCUGCGGCUCCGCUUGCCAAACAUGAAGACCGUGAGACUGAAAGUCAGCUUCUCUUCUAUGGUGUUCAGAGCUGUCAGCGACAUCUGCAAAAUUAUCAAUAUUAGACGGUCGGAAGAACUCUCUUUGUUGAAGCAAUCGGAAGACACGCUCAAAAAGAAAAAGAAAAAAGACAAGAAUAGCAAAGAACCAGUUACAGAAGAUAUUUUAAACCUGUGUGACUCUCCAGUGAGUUCUGGAUUAUCAGGAAGUCCAGGUUUAUAUAGUAAAACCAUGACGCCCGUUUAUGAUCCCAUCAGUGGGACGCCGGCUUCUUCUACCAUUACGUGGUUCAGCGACAGUCCCUUGACGGAGCAGAACUGCAGCGUCCUCGCCUCCAGUCACCCUGGCUGCUCUCCAGAGACACUCGCAGAGAUGUACCAGCCUCGCUCUCUGGCUGACAAAGCCAAACUCAAUGCAGGCUGGCUAGAUUCAUCACGAUCACUUAUGGAACAAGGCAUUCUGGAGGACGAUCAACUUCUUUUACGCUUUAAAUAUUACACUUUCUUUGAUUUGAAUCCAAAAUAUGAUGCAGUGCGAAUAAACCAAAUAUACGAACAAGCCCGCUGGGCCAUCCUGUUAGAAGAAAUUGACUGCACGGAGGAAGAAAUGCUGAUCUUUGCCGCGCUACAGUAUCAUGUAAGCAAGUUAUCAUUAUCGUCAGAGGCACAAGAUUUCACCUGUGAAUCAGAGGUAGAUGAAGUAGAAGCUGCACUUUCUAACCUGGAAGUGACACUGGAAGGUGGCAACACAAAUAACAUUUUGGAGGACAUCACAGACAUCCCGAAACUUGCUGAUAAUCUCAGGCUAGUUAGGCCCAGGAAGCUGUCACUCAAAACUAUCAAGCCAUAUUGGUUCGUCUUUAAAGACACUUCAGUAUCUUAUUUUAAAAACAAAGAAUCCGCACAGGGAGAACCUAUUGAGAAACUAAACCUAAAAGGCUGUGAAGUUGUACCAGAUGUAAAUGUUGCAGCGAAGAAGUUUGGAAUCAAAUUGCUAAUUCCUGUUGCUGAUGGCAUGAAUGAAGUAUAUUUAAGAUGCGAAAAUGAGAAUCAAUACGCCCGGUGGAUGGCUGCUUGUGUUUUGGCCUCCAAAGGCAAAACAAUGGCCGACAGCUCUUACCACCCUGAGGUCCACAAGAUCCUCUCGUUUCUAAAGAUGAAGAACUGGACCAUGUCUCCCCAGGCUGUCUCUGAUCCAGAAAGCAUAGAUAUGAAACCAGAAUGCUUCGUCUCCCCACGCUAUACCAAAAAAUACAAGUCCAAGCAGCUGGCCACUCGUAUUCUGGAAGCCCACCAAAACGUCUCCCAGAUGACGCUGGUGGAGGCCAAGCUGCGCUUUAUCCAAGCAUGGCAGUCCCUCCCCGAGUUUGGCUUAUCCUACUACAUCGUAAGGUUUAAAGGAAGCAAGAAGGAUGAUGUACUUGGGGUGUCCUAUAACAGGCUGAUCCGAAUAGACAUGGCCACAGGAGAUCCCAUCACAACGUGGAGGUUUUCCAACAUGAAGCAGUGGAAUGUGAACUGGGAAAUCCGCCAGAUGCUGCUUAUUUCUGUUCCUGAUUUUACCGUACAUAUUCUCCUUAGGUUGCAAUUGAGUUUGAUCAGAAUGUCUUUAUCGCUUUCACGUGUCUGAGCGCAGACUGCAAAAUCAUCCAUGAGUAUAUUGGGGGCUACAUCUUCUUGUCAACGCGUUCCAAAGACCAGAAUGAAACACUGGACGAAGAUCUGUUUCAUAAAUUAACGGGAGGUCAGGAAUGAGAUGAAGGAAACUCUCUUCCCUCUCCCCACAGCUAAGAAGACCAAAGAUCAAAUGAAAAAUCAACUGCUGGCUAAUAAAUAUUGUACAUGGUUAAUUCAUCUUGUAAUAUGACUGGACUCUUUACAGUUUUUGUUAAAUAUUGAAGCCAAAGUCACUGGAUGCAGUAUGGCAAGUCCAUCAACAUUCUGAAAAUUAAAUCAGCUUUGUUUGCCUUUUGUACAGCUGGAAGUUUUUAAAUAAACAGUGUCUAGCCAUUGAGCAUUUUUUAA